AUCUCAGUUGGAGCCUGCAAUCCCAGGGAAACAGUGAUAAAGUAAUAAAGUUCUUGUCACUCCUCCUCUGCAACCAACAACGCACCUCCCUAUGCUCACUGCCUUCAUCGGUGCAGAGAAGACUGAACCAGAAAACGGGAAUACGUCUCAGCAGAGCACAAGGCAAAGGAAAUUUCAGUCAAAAUCCAAUAAUCAGACAAAUGGAUUCCAGCCAGUCUUUCAAUCAGCCUCCAGAAGCCUGGAACUCAUCUGAGAAAUCAGCGAUGUUGCAUCCUUCAGCACCACCAACAGCAUACCAAGACAAUCCUGCUGGAUAUCCUCCCUCCUUUCCAAGCCAGCCAGUCCCCCAGGGCCCCUACACCCAGGGGCCGUAUUCAGGACAAACUGUGGUCGCUGUACAGCCUGCAGUUUUUGAGAUUGCUUCUCCAUUGGCCAAUCCAUUGCCAGAUUACUUGGGCUACUCCAUCUUCACCAUGCUGUGCUGCUGUUUACCUCUGGGCAUUGCUGCCCUGGUUUUCUCCUGCUCCACUCGAAAUGCCAACUACUCAGGACAGCGAGAAUUAGCAGAAAAGAACUCCAAAACGACACUCAUCCUGAAUCAUGCCGCCCUUGGUAUUGGCCUUGUUCUCCUUGUACUGUUGAUUAUCGUCAAUGUUUUGGUUUUAAUUUGAAAAAGUUGUCAUGGAUGGAUGCAGACUACAAAGAGAUUUGAUUCUUUACAUUUUAAAUGCUAUUUGCUCAGUGUAUCAUUAAAGCCUGCAACAUGUGCUUUAAGGCUGAUUAUUGCAUGUUAAGACUUUUUGCUUAUCUUGUAUGCAGCUGUGCUAAUUUGAGUUUUUUACAUACAGUUUUAUUAUGUAUGUACAUAUAUGGGCAUAAAUCUGUCUGUCUGUGUAUGCAGGCAGCUGUGUAUCUGACAGUUAAUACCUACAGUACCUGCCAAUUUAUAAAAAAUGAAUUUCGGGUAACACUUUAUAAUAACUUUAAUUAAUCAAUAACAAACAUUAUAUAAUCCUUAACAGAUCAUUAGUUAAUAUAUAUUCAUAUAGCUAGAAACAUGAGAUAAUGU